AUGGCUGAAUGGGAAAAGAAACGCACAGAGGAGAUUGAGAAAGCGCUUUCAGAAAUUAGCGAUGAACCUACCCAAAUUGACCGAAUCGCCGAGAUUCGCGGAUGGUUCCGCCCACCCAAAGACGCCAUCUCUUACCCCGCCGUGCAAGAGUACAUGAAUGAUGGUGCGGAUCUACAGACAACAGUGGACAAAAUAACGAAACCCAUCGAUGAGGCCCUCAAGCAAGGUUCCGGCAAGGACCAGCUGGGUGAUGUUUGGUAUCCCAUCAUUCAUUCCGCGAAAAGGAUACCGUACAGCAACGCGGAUCAGCACGCGAAACUUGUCGAUCUGGUGAAAGCGAUCAAAGAACAUCCAGAGCCUUCGCAGGAGCACCCGACAUACAAGAGCCUUUCUGGUUUGGGUCUUGCAGCUCGCGAAUCGUACAACGACAUUCCGCGCCAUCAUGUUGGCAGCGUCCCCCAAGAGAUCCAUGCCUGGACAAAUUUCAAUUACUUCCUUGCGCGUUUGACCGACUCCGGAAUAUGGGAAGCCUAUUUGUACGUCAUCUGGGCCAUGAGAGAAGCACUUGAGAAAACGCCAGAGCCGCUGCCCUGGUGGUAUGAUGCGAAUGUGCCAGCAGCUGCGGCGUGGGUCCUCGGACUUGGAAAGAAAGUGUAUGAGAGAGAAGAGGAUUUGACACCAAAGGACCCAAAUCAAGGCAAUCCUGCUAGAGGGGGCGACUUGUGGACGGGAGGACCUGUUUUCAGCAAGGAGAGGUGGGCCUUCUGGAAGAAGAGGUUUGGAGACGUUGUAAAACACGAGGGGGUGAGCGAUGAGGCCAAAGGCAUUGCAAAACAGGCAGUGGAAGCGAUGGAGAAGGCGGAGAGCGCAUGA